CAAUGGAGUAUUUCCUUACAAGAUUUACAGUUUAUGGAAAUCCUUUUUAUAAUCUCAAUGCUGGUAGAGAUCAUACUGAUUGGGAGAAUCAAUCAAGAUUAAGAAAGGCUUUGAGUAGAUUUUAAUAAUCAGAAGGUAAUUAUUAUACAUAUUUAUUGUAGAGGGACAAGCAUUACCUAGAAGAUUUACAGAUUAAUAAGUUAAAGGAAUAAGAUGGGGAUUACCAGUUGUUGGUCUUUUUGUAAAUGAUUAUGUUAAUAAUUUAAAGUUAGGCAGAUUUAUUGGUGAUAUUUAUUGUGCUUAAAGUUCCAUAUACAUGAAGGGCAUUUUUGCAGUUGUAGGAUUAACAGUUUUUAAUAAAAUUGGAAUGGAUGUUAUGAAUGACAAUGAAAUCUCAUAUUGGACAUCAAAUUAUCCAAAAUUACCAUCAGACAUUCAAAAGGCUCUUAGUUAUGGUGAUGCAAGAUACACUGGAAGAUGGAUUGAUUGAU